CACCACUCUGAUCACAUUAGUCUGCUGCAGACUUCUAAGUACAUAAUGAAGAUCGUGUCGUGUUGUGCCGGAACUAAUUUGUUUAAUGUUCCAGCUCCUUAGUAAUGAAGAUGUGGUCUAUGUGGUGCCGGGCGCUGGUGGGUGCAUGGCUGGUGGCCCUGGGCGCCUCCCUGGAGCUCUACGACCAGCUGCCAGCUGACGAAGUCUACUACCAGGACGAGAAUGACAUCGACACGGGCCCCUCUGGGAACUCGCUGCCGAGCAUCAGCGACGUGAUGAUGCGGAGGCUCCUCAAGGCCUGGCCGAUGCAGAGGUUCGCUGACGUCACUAACGGAGUGCAUUCCAUACCGAUGGAAGGAGGCCCGGGAGGCCUGGAGCAUCCACAGCUGGCCUUCACCGAGCCGAAAGCUUUUAAGGCAUCAGUCUACAAGCGCUUGUCCGAGGUGUACCGCGCGCCGGCGUCGGGCCUCGCCAGGCCGCAGCAGAAAUGGAAGAUCAAGAAGGGGAAGGCACUAGGUUCUCAAAUGGUGUGCUACUUCAAGCUGUGCGCGUUUCGCUCCCCGCAGUAA